ACAGCAGUCAGUGUUCGCGCGGCCGCAGCCAUGAGUCGACUCGUGCGCACGUUACUGGUCAUAGCGCUUGCGUGCGGCGCCGGCGCGGUCGUCGAAGAUGUCAUUGAAGUCAUCCGCCUCGGCACUGACAUAACCGGACAAGUCCUCGACAGUUGGGACGCUAUCGGGCAGUUGAGUAACGCGACCGGUGGCGUGCAAUUCCCGUACUUCAAACCCAAGGAUCAGGUUGUGCUAACAAGACUACGGCAUAUAUCGGGUCAGAUACGAAAAGUGGAACAUGCAAUCGACAAAGUUGGCGCCAUGACUUUCUACUUGGGCAAGAAUCUGGGCCGGGGGACGGAUCUCGAGUUGAGGCUGCACGAGAUGACGGACUUGCUCAACCGGGUGUCGUCGGCGGACCGCAAGAUGCGCGAGUACAUGGGCUUGCAGCAGGAGUUGGAGAAGGUCACGCUACUGGACUUCGCCGAGUGGUGCGUGUCGCACGACCAAGGCGCACUGCCCGGCCUGCUGGAGCGCAUCCACUCGCUGAUAGUGCCGCCGCACAAGCAUCUCUUGGGCCAAAGUUUACUAACGCUGCUACAGAAACGUUUUCAGGACGAGGCCUCGGAAACAUGCACGGCUGCCAUGUCUCCACACCAGCUCAUCUUCGAUAUCUACAACACGGUCGCGCUCACCGAGAUCAAGGGUUACGCCAUGAUGCAAUUUUCAUGGAUGCUGCUCAGGAUAUACGGGAAAGGUAACUUCACGCAAGAGGCGAGUUUGACGAGGCAGAGGUACAGCCAGAGGACCGCGCAGGCCGCAGCAGUCGCCAAGAGUGCGCUAUCCGAAGCCAGUCGCGAUCUGUACAUGUGCGAUCCGCCUAUGCAUAUUGAAGGAUCUACGUACGAGCAAGUGACACGACUACUGCAGGGCUACGUGGAGAACGAAGUAGAUAUGAACACGGAUGGUACAUGCAAGGAGAACUGCGCUCACUACACGCUGGCAGAGAAACACGGCUGCUACAUGGAUCAGUUCUGCGCGAAGCAGACACCAUGUAGGGGCAGGAUCAUCGAUUGUCAGUACCUAGACUCGGACAUGUGGGUGUGCCCGGCGAGUCGCAAUAGCAACAGGCGUUACGAAUGGAUCGAAUACGAAAACGGACGUAAAUUGGGCAAUGUUGGAAGCUGCUCGCGCGGCACUACCAAGGUGGACUCCUGGUGGAGAUGGAACCUUCUACACUGCUCGUAUUGCUUUUGUCUGUGCGAAGACGAUGUCAACAGUUCUGAGCGCUUUUUCAGCAUGAAAGAAGCGACGGCUGAUAUAUCCAACAACAAGGUAGUGACUGGCUUACGUCUUUUGAAAAUCGGAAGAGUGUUCCAUUUACAAGUACAUGAGGGAACGCUGAAGGAGCGCGGUACGGUGGAGCCAUCAGGCUGGGUGCCGGUGAACAAAUUCGAUCCUAAUGACCCUGGCAUGAUGGACGGGAUCGACUACCACACGCUGACUUACGAGAAACGAGCCAUUGAUCUGGAUGAACUAGAUUCGCCCGAAGGACACGUGCUGACCGGAGUCAGAUUCCGCGUAAUCGGCGCUCACUUGCACUUCGAAAUCCGUUCAACGCCAUUCAAUUACACGACGGGACGUCUUUCGCCCAGUAAAAGUCAGUGGGUCAGCAACGACAACACCGAGGGAUCAGACACCCCAAGAUCUAAAUUGGAGUUAAAGACGCCAGAUCUGCCCACGCGCAGUCACACGCGGAUGGAGGUGGACUCCAACCACGACCAGUACGUGGAGUUCACGCACUCCGACUUCGACGCGGACGCCGCGCAGAGCACCGUGCCCUUCAUAGACGUGCAGCCGGUGCUGCCAAGCAAGGGCGCUGCCCUCGCUACUGGCGCGGGAGUGAUCCAUCGGGGCGCACCCAGCUCAGGCGGGUUCAUCGCGCUGAAGCUCAGGAGCUACAACAACGCGAGGCACGUCAAGGCGGAACCACCACCGGCAGACUUCACCGAGGAGAAAGAUGACGCGGCGGACUUCGUCUUACCAGUCGUCAACAAUUAGAAUAGUCAUUAAUGAAACAGUGAUAUAGAUGUAACCACAGGUUGUCUCCAAUAGAAACAAAGUUAAGAGAGGCUUUGACCAAGAAUAAAAUGAUAGUUAAGAACCAUUAUAGCGGACGAUCGUAGACUCGCGUAGAGUGCGCGACGGUGCGUUUUCACGAUGUACCUAUUGGAGGUAGUCUAUGGAUGUAAUAAAAAUGGACCUUGCAAGUGUGCGUCAAUUAUUUUUAUUUAAAUUGAGAUAAAAAAUCUUGACGUCUCAUUUCAUGUCCAUUGUAAGUAGUUUCAUACGAGCCGAGGAAACAAAAAAAGGACAAAAGUAUUUUGGUUAAAAUGAGGCUUGUCCAAACUUUAAUAUUGUGUUGAUUCAACUCAUUAUUAGUGACCUGAAUGUAAUGUAAUUUUUUUGUAUUGAUUUGGUAUGUACUGUAACUUAAUGUAAUAAAUUGAUGUUUUAUGCGAAAGUAUCAUGAAGCAUGAACCGGUGUUUGUUUUUUAGUUUAGGCUUAGGCGCAAAUAAUAAAUGCAUUAUCAAUCUUUA